AUGUGGAAGACAUCUCGUGAAGCCAAUAGAGGGAGGGGAGUGAGAAAGAGAGGGAAAGAUUUUGUUCUGAGACCUCAGAAGCGACCCGAUGGCCGCCCAAACCGGUUGAUUAUACGUUGCUGCUCAACUCUGUUACUUUUUCGUUCGUGUAGUGUUUGCGAUCGUGUAUUGUUGAGCUCAGAAAGCAGUGGUCAACGUAGUCGUUUCGUACCCUAUAACUGUUUGGUGGUGUGCCCUUAGUGCACAUAUACUUUGACAUUUUAUUUUCGUUUCCCACCACGUUUCAAGAAUUCACUACCCCGCUGAAAUAAUCAUGCAGAGUCAGGGAAGUGGCGUGCCGGAAUCUCGGUACACCAUGAACUACUCCCACACUGCCUUGUCGGGGGAUGGAGUAGACCUCUAUGGUCAUGGACAAGAUCCCUACGUCCUGCAACACCAACAUCACAUCGUUGGUCAUGGUGGACCUCAAGGAAUGAGUCCCACAGGCCACAUCGGAAUGGGAUCUCCAGGACAGCACCAUCAACACUCGUCCAAAAGGUCAGCUGAUGUAGCAGGACUCAACCUCAAGCAGGAUCCGAUGGUGGGUGAUGUUACCAUGUCCACUAUCGGAAUGGGCCACAGCACAAUGGACGAUGGUGGAUCUGGAUCUGGUGGGGGCCAGAAUGGUUCUCAAACAAAAAAGACACCACCACCCAAUGGCAAGAAAACCAAAGGCCGUGUGAAAAUCAAGAUGGAAUUCAUCGACAACAAACUCAGGAGAUACACGACUUUCUCAAAGAGAAAGACAGGAAUCAUGAAGAAGGCUUACGAGCUGUCAACACUAACCGGGACCCAGGUGAUGUUGCUGGUAGCCAGCGAGACGGGACACGUCUACACAUUCGCCACACGCAAGCUGCAACCGAUGAUCACGUCCGAAGCGGGCAAGGCGUUGAUCCAAACGUGCCUCAACUCACCGGACCCUCCGUCCAGCACGGUUGACCAGCGGAUGUCGGCGACAGGCUUCGAGGAAACGGAGCUGACUUACACGUUGCACGACGAGGACCAGAAAGACAGCGAAUCGGAUGAUGGAGAUGACGCGGCCUCGUCGGAUGCGCCAAGUCGGAGCCCAUCGCCCGCCGAUCUCGAACGUUCGUCCUAUUCGCCCGAUGCUUCCAACAUGGAGCCUUCGAGGCCUAAUUUAUCUGCCCACCAUCCAAUGACGACCACGAGCCAAUCGUCUCGAAUUCUCAAUCAUCCGUCAGGAUCUAGAGGAUCUUCUGGAGGAGUGGCCGGUCGUAGCACUGCAAUUACAGAGCCGUCGGCUGGCCAGCAACACCAAACGGCGUACGCGAAUGGAUCGCGUCAUGCAACUCCUUCAACCGCUUCUUCAACUUCAACCAGUGCCACUAUACCUUCUUCUUCUUCUUCUUCUUCUUCUACUUCUUCUUCUUCUUCAGUUUGCGCCACGACUAACCAUCACCAUCACGCCAAUUCGAAUAGCGGCGGCAAGAACAGCGCCGCUGCUCCGGCUCUCGUUUCAUGUCCAGUCAAUUUGACGCCCAGCCAAUUGGCCAGCAUUGCGGCCAACCUGCCCGGUCUAUCGGGCCUCUCGUUGCCCUUGCCCCGUGGUACUAAUUUCGCCUCCCUCCUGGCCUCGGCUUCGUCUCUGCUUACGGGUGUCGGUGGUGUCGGUGGUGUCCUAGGUGGAGGUAUGGGAACGGCUGCCGUCGCGUCGUCCAAAUCUACUGCGUCAGCAGCAGAGACGGCCCAGGCCGCGUCCAACGCACGCAAACAUCUACCGCGACUCAUUUCCUUAGCUCAUGUGGGAGCGGCCUUACAACAGCAGUCCAACUGUGCCAAAGACGCCAGCAUCAAGUCGACGACGAGUCUGAUGGUUUCUGAUCAAAAGGGCGAUAAUCUAGCUGGCUCUACUAGUAAUAAUAGUAGCCAUUCGGCCCUCAAUUUGCGGACGCCAACAACAACAUCAACCGCAAAUCGAGAUAAAAAAGGAGGUGGCACCAAAAGCCGUGCUGCCAAGAAGAAUAAGAAAUGAUAAUAGACAAGCAGUAAAAAACGAUGAAAAAUAAAGAACUGAUAAAGAACAUCGGGGACCCACGGAAAAAAACAAAAACAAAAAACAAACGCCUUCCGGAUGGUCCUUCAUAAGCUCCUCCCAAUUUCUCAGCGACAUCGGAACGGAGGCGUAGCCUAUACAUCGUCGUUGUGUUCUCCUUCAUGUGCCUUACUUAAUGAAGCAAUUUAUUAUUAUUUGUUUAUUAUAAUCACGAUUUACCCAUAGAUGAUGACGGCGUUUUGAAUGCAAAUGAUUACCGAUUGUCAGUUUUCGUCUGCAGUAUUUGUUUGCUAUUAUUUACUUCCUCAGUUCAAAUGUGACGGCGAGCCACCCAAAAAAGAAAAUCAUUGUUAAAAUGACGGGAUAUCGCUGUGUGCAUUAUCAAUUCUUUUUUUUUUUUUUUUCCUGUUUUGCGUGUCGUGUGCGAAUUUCUUUACGUGUAUCAUUUCUUUUGUAGCAUUUUUUUUUUUGCUUGUUUGUUCAUUUCUUCUUUUAUUCUACUGAUCGCGUGAACAUGUAGUUCCUAAAAGGAAACAGAGCCCCCCCCGAAUCGGACCUUAAAUUAUUCUAUUGUGCAAUUUCAGAAAGAUAAAAAAAAGGAUUUAAAAAAAAGCAAAAGAACAAUAAACCGCUACACAAUGAAA